AUGUCGAAUAUUAAAAAAACGAUUAUUUAUAAUGUGCCAUACGCGAGUCUUGGUGAGCCUCUCAUAAAUAUCGCCUACGUGAUCGUGAUAUUUCUAAACAUGAGUGUGUUCUUUCUUCAGAUUAUCUUCGCUAUCAUGGUCGCGAUGAUGGUAGCUACUGGGGCAUACAAAAACGAGAGAGAUAUUUCUUUUUUCAAUGCGGACAUUAUGUCUCAUCGCAAACCUCGUUUGCGAAAUUUCUUUUUUGAUCAAUCAUUUAUCGACAAGAUGAUCAAGCAGCAAAAUUCGCCUAUUAGAGCAGUAAGAGAUCAAACUAUCAACCAGCAAGCUUUUCAUCUGCCCUUGAAAGAUCACAUUACACAUCUGCCUGAGUUUCCAAUUCUUUAUCAUCAACCGUUUAAACAGAAUUCCUUUACGGUAACGUCGUUCAAAGAUAAACCGUUGUUCAGAGACGCAAUAUUAAAAAAUCAAGAACUACGAGGAGAACGAGAGAUCCUCAGAGACAACUCUUUCAUCGGACAAUCGCUUACAUCAGAGGAGAUCUUUGAGAGACAAGCACCAAUAUAUAAAAGCCAAAUACCGUUUAAAGAGCAAUUGUUUAGGACUGAGAAGCCAUUGAAAAAUUUACAUUAUGGACAAUUAUCCUCAAGUGAACAAAUAUCGCCUCAGAAGCAACCAAUUUUCGUCAAAUUUCCUUCCAUUUCCGAUUCGAUCAAGUUCGAUCAAGAUAAAUCUUACAAUAAACUGAUCGAUUUGUAUGGACGACAUAAGGAUAUGCAAACUUUGUCGAAUAAAGCAGGAUUUUCAACGUACACUAAAUACGGUAAAUUUAUGUAUAUUAUAUACACAUAUACAUACACAAUUUCAAUAUUAGAAUUUUUUAAAUAACAAUAGAUCAGCAAUUUUAAUAACGG